CAUCUCUCAAUUGGAACAAAAAACUAUUGAUUCUUUCCUCAUUUCUCCGUGAUCUAAAAACAAUUCAUGAACAAGGUUUUAUGCACAAAGACAUACACAGUAAAAACAUUCUCCUUUCCAGAAAUAAUGAAGGGAAAUUAUUAAUCGCUUAUCUUCCAACAUCCGGUCUAACAAGACCUGUGGCUCCUAUUGGAAAUAAAAAUGAAAAAGAAGGAAUUUAUGGUAUUCUACCUUACUUAGCACCUGAGGUUUUAAAAGGUAAAGAAUACAUUCAAGCUUCGGAUAUUUAUAGUGUUGGUAUUGUAAUGUGUGAAUUAAGUACAGGUGAAUUUCCAUUUAAAGACAAACAACAUGAUAUGAUUUUAACUGUUAAUAUUUGUCAAGGAGAAAGACCAAGAUUGAGUGAUAAUGCUCCUAGUAUAUAUAAUGAAGUGAUUAAAAUGUGUUGGGCUCAAGAUCCUUCUGUUAGACCUAGUAUAAAUAAACUUGAAAGUAUCGUAUUAGAAUGGUGUGAUAGGUUAGCUGAAUUAUUUGGCGAAUCGGAUAAGGAAUAGGAAUAUUAAUUACGAUAGCUUCUAAUUGUUAAUAAAGUAAAGUAAAAUAAAAUGAAACGAAACAAGGAUAUACGCCUAUUGUUCACGGUAGUAAUUUCUGGGAAGCCACUUGAUAAACAUUGUCAGGUUUUAACGAAUGCUCGAAUUUCACACUUACAAUACUAACUAGUUCUUGAUGCAAUUCAAAAUUUCUAAAUGUUUAAUGUCAUCCUUCCAGAUAAAAUUACCUUCUUUAUUAUAAUCUAAAAUAAUUUAAUAAUUUUUGAUUCCGUUUACGUGAAUCAUUCCCAAUAGUAUAUGGUUUAAAUGU